AUGGAGAACGCAGCAACCGGCGACACGUCCAGUCCCGACGCCGGCGAGCACGGCCACGACUGCAGCGGUGGCCGGACGGCGGCGCAGGACAGCGUCCAGGGCGCCUCCGCCGUGACGGAGGUGGGCAGCGGCGGCAAUGCGGCGGCGGCGGAGACGCGGCGGCCCGGCCUAGACGACGGCCGCGGCGACGACUACGGAUGGCUGACGGUGUUGGAGAAAAACGCGGUGGACGACUACUACGACGCGGUGGAAGCAGAGAUGAUGGCAGCGGGCGGGGGGUGCAACCCUCUCCGGUGA